UGUAGUGUUGAAGUAAUUACAGAGAGAAGAAAGAGGAAUAGAGAGGGAAAAGAAAAGAAGGGUUUGACGGAACCGAAAUUGAAUUGGGAAUGGGUAGCGGUGAAAUGGGAGUAGCGGCAGAAAGCGACGGUGCUUCGCUACCGUCAGUCGGCACCGACGCAAUGAAAAGAAGAGUCACAUACUUCUACGAACCUACCAUCGGCGAUUAUUACUACGGUCAAGGUCACCCAAUGAAACCCCAUAGAAUACGAAUGGCACACAAUCUCAUCGUUCAUUACUCACUCCACCGUCGUAUGCAAAUUAACCGUCCUUUCCCCGCCGGUCCUGACGACAUCCGCCGUUUUCACUCCGACGACUACGUCGACUUCCUUUCCUCCGUUUCCCCCGAAAUUCUCUCCGAGAGUUCUCAUUCUCACUACCGUCAGCUCAAGCGUUUCAAUGUUGGUGAGGAUUGUCCCGUUUUUGACGGACUUUUUCCUUUCUGUCAGGCUUCUGCUGGUGGAUCCAUCGGCGCUGCUGUUAGACUUAACCGUAAUGAUGCUGAUAUUGCUAUUAACUGGGCUGGUGGUUUGCAUCAUGCCAAGAAGGCGGAAGCUUCUGGAUUUUGCUAUGUUAAUGAUAUUGUUCUCGGUAUUCUUGAGCUUCUCAAAGUUCAUAGGCGUGUGCUGUAUGUUGAUAUUGAUGUCCACCAUGGAGAUGGCGUUGAGGAGGCAUUUUACACUACUGAUAGAGUGAUGACAGUCUCAUUUCACAAGUUUGGUGAUUUUUUCCCAGGAACUGGGCAUAUUAAAGAUACUGGGUGUGGCCUUGGAAAGGACUAUGCCCUAAAUGUUCCUUUGAAUGAUGGAAUGGAUGAUGAGAACUUCCGCGGUCUGUUCCGUCCAAUCAUGCAAAAAGUCAUGGACAUUUAUCAACCUGAUGCAGUUGUUCUUCAAUGUGGAGCUGAUUCAUUGUCUGGUGACAGGCUGGGUUGCUUCAACUUGUCUGUGAAGGGACAUGCAGAUUGCCUUCGUUUCCUUAGAUCUUUCAAUGUUCCUCUCAUGGUUUUGGGUGGGGGAGGAUACACAGUACGGAACGUUGCUCGUUGUUGGUGUUACGAGACAGCAGUGGCAGUAGGAGUGGAGCCCAGUAAUAAGUUGCCAUACAACGAAUAUUAUGAAUAUUUCGGCCCAGACUAUACACUACAUGUUGAACCAAACAACAUGGAGAACCUAAACACACCCAAGGAUAUGGAAAAAAUCAGGAACAUUUUACUUGAACAACUUUCCAGUCUUCCUCAUGCACCCAGUGCACCUUUUCAGACAACACCAUCAACCACACAAGUUCCAGAAGAGGAAGAAGAGGACAUGGAUAUAAGACCAAAACGUCGCAUGUGGAGUGGUGAAGAUUAUGAUUCUGAUCCUGAUGAAGAUGACAAGGCCGGUGUAAAGAACUCAACUUUAACUGCUCAUAUGAGGUGUACAGCAGAUGAGAUGGAAGAAGAUAAGCCAGAAGUUAAGCCUGAUGUGCAUUCGACGUCUUAAUAGUGAGUGAUAUAACGGAGCAAGUUCUAGACUACCAUGUUAGUUGGAAGCUCAUUAUAGUUUGAGCUUUGUGUUAACACAUUUUGUUCCUUAGCUAUGAAUGUGUUUUGAAGUUUAGAUCUUUUGAUGUAAAUGUAUAAAGUAGGAAGCAUUUUACCCGGGGAUGGUGCCAUUGUGGGUUUUUGGAAGUACACCACCCCAAAAAUAUAUUUUGUGCGAUAAAGUGAAUGAAUGAACAUGGGAAUUUCCCGAUCUACAUUCGCGUCCAUCUGACAAUAGAUACAGGGUUGCUAAAACUUGGUGUUACUUUUUUUUGGUUUUUAUUGUGUUUAUGCUGUUUGUAUACCGUGUAGAAAAGAUGGAACAGUCCCAACAAAUGAUUAGGAACCCUCUGGGCUUGAUAUUGACAAUACUA